GAGACGAUGAGGAGGUUAAAUAUUUUGCUGUUCGCGGUUUUGGCCGUGGCGCGGUCAAUGCCCACAGAGUUGCAAUGUGACAUCGAAGAGGCCCAUACGAAUGUUGGAACACCACGAGUAGUCGACGAUGACUCUAACUCACUCAUGAUCUCCAACUUUGAGCUUUCACUCGACGAGGUCGACGAGGGCUUCCUACCCGAGAUCGAAUAUGCAGUCAGUCUCAAAAGCAACAGCGACCUCUUUCAAGAGUUCCUGGUCACUGCACACAACAACGAUCCCCAUUGCGAUCACGGAACGAUGAUUGAUAAGUACGAUAUCGGAACGCCAGAUGAAGGCUGCCCUCAUGUGAUCAGACAGGCUAUAGUUUCGGACAUGCGCAGAAUAUCGUUCAGCUGGAAGGCACCCGCAUGUGGUUGCGUUUCUUUUAGAGCUACUGUCAAGACUGCUGAACACGUGUACUCUGAGUCUUCAUCGGAGAAGGGCUCCCUCUUCAAAGAAGUGUGUUUAAUUGGCAUGAACAAGUCAGAUGAAGAAGAGGAGAUGGAAGCGAUGAAAGAGGAAGAGGUUUUGGAAGAAGAGCCGUUCUAUGACGAGGAGCUCUAUGGGAACAUUGAACGGCUAUGCGAGGAAGGAAACUUUAGAGGAACCAUUCUACCUGCAGUCAUCAAGGAAUGCUGCCUACUUCCCGUUCAACAACGCAGAAUGUGUCUGGUGCGAGUCAUCCCAGGUGAAGAAGAUGAUAUCCACAGGUUGGAUACCUUCUGCUCCAAGAUUGCGGGAAACUUCUUCAACGGUCACCCCGUCUUAGCCGACGCAGAGGGCGUGCGACGAUGCUGUGAGCUGACUAGCGAUUCGGAUCGUAUGGUUUGCAUGAGCGAGGAGAAAAGAAUGCACUAUGACGAAAUCUGCAGUUUGAGUGGGGCUAGCGUGAACAACACCGUGGAAGAUCGUUUGCCCGGUCGCAACUGUUGCAGCCUCCAGGGUGAUCUCAGGUACAACUGCAUGGAAAAGAAGGCACUUCGGGAGAAUCAAAAGAAACGUCUGGAGGAGAGGCGCAACAUGAGGCGCAAGGUGGAAAAGGUGAAGCGUCUUUGCAACGCUGUUGACCAAACACCAGAAGGUGAUAGGGACAGUGAGGAUUACCAAACGUGCUGUAUGGUUGAGGACGUGGACGAUGCAUUGGCGUGUUUCAGGGAAGUCGAGAGGGACAACUUUGAUGGAUUGUGCAAGAAGCAAGCCUUGCGAUACAGCAACGGUAAAAAGGAAAGAGUUCAUCCGUGCUGCAGAUUGGAGAGUGAAGAAAGGUAUGAAUGUUUCUUGGUAAAACGUUCGAACAACCAACAAUCAAGAAUUAACUCAACAAGAGCACCAGUACCGAAUACUCAAGGUUCGACUCGACCGACAUUCAUGCAGAGGUUAUGUGCAAAGCUUCGAAAGGACGAUGCGGAUGACACACUCAUCGCUUGUUGUCAGCAAUCAUCAUUUCUCAAAAAGAAGAGAUGCAUGGACAAGAGACAAAAUUAUGCUUUGGCCAAAAUUUGCAACGCCAGCAACGUAAGCGUUUCAUACGCCAUUGUUGAGGGAGAGAGUUUCAACGCUGCCAAGAAGAACCUUCAUCCCGAGCACGAAUGCUGUAUUCUGAACGAAGAGGAGCGGAUGUCCUGCAUCAGAACAAUGAGGAUGUCAAUGUCCAAGCUUAGACGUCAGGAUUCAUCUGAGAAGCCAGUGCGUGUAGAAGCUGCACGUGAGCAAAAGGAACAGCGAUGGGUGAAGGAGGAGGGCCGUCAGAAUAAAGCCAUUUGCGCUGCUGUGAGAGAAGACGUUGAUAUGAUAGACGAGCAGGUCGUCCGUUGCUGCGAAAACGACGGUGAAAGUCGGCGGGAAUGUCUAGCUGUUCUCCGUAGGAACCACUUUACCGCUAUAUGCAAUACCGAUGACUUGUUCCAAAUAGACAUUUUCAGUACCAUUUUGCGCACAGAAGACCCAAUCAAUGACGAACAUAGGUGUUGCAUGAGACCGAACGCCGAUAUAAGAGCUGCGUGCUUCUCUCGCAUAGAUCGCCAGGUCGCGAUGCUGUCCUACAGUCCCCCAGUUAUUGAAGAGGUGCAAGAUAUUCGAACAGAGCUCCUCGCCGUUGCAGAGUUCAACAGAAUCGACAGAGUCUGCCAAGAAUCGAAAAGUGCGACCUCGCUUGAACUAAAAGGACGAUGGCCGGUGAAAAAGUGUUGUAGGUUCCAGAACAAUCGAAGGUAUACUUGCCUGAUGGACGCCGCAACAAAACUAGCUGACCAAUCGUGCGACGGACCUCCUCCUAGAGUAUACUUUCCAAUGGGAUUCUACGGAGAAUACAUCCCAAGUGACUACACUGGCCCUUUCCUCGAUCCUUCCCACCCAUGCUGUUCAUUGACCAGUGACAUGCGACAAGACUGCAUCCAGGAGGCCAGCAUGGCUGUUCUUGCAUUGCGACUACCCAUGAUUCAGGUCAAGCCACUGGUUGAGUUUUUCAAAGAGUUGCCAUCUGAUACGCGUUUUGAUGCCAAUCACCAGGAAGACAUUUGCCAGGCUGCAGUAGAUUUCCAAAGCUUAUACGCUGAUCUUGAAAACGGCCUUGACGUAGAACUGAACCAGCCUUCAAGAAUCCAGACUGAAUUACAGGAGCUUCAGGACCUUCUAGCAGAAGAACUGACAGAAGAGGAAGAGGAACAAUUGGAACAACUUGCCGAGCAGAAUGAAGAACAGUUAGAAUUGUUAGCUGAGCAAGAAGAGGAACAGGCAGAAUUGCUGGCUGAGCAAGAAGAGGAGCGUCUUGAAAUACUUGAGGAACAGGCUCAACAGCUAGCAGAGCAGAAUCAACAGAAUGAAGAAGAGGAGGAAGAGGAGGAGGAAGAGGAGGAAGAGGAGGAAGACGAUCGCCGACGGAAACGAAGAAAAGCUACUAGGUUCCGGAGACCUACUGCUAACAAGGUGCGUGCGGCUGCGGGCCGCAGUAUCUAUGAGGUCGACAGUUUAGUUCAUUGUUGCCAGGAAAAUUUUGUGGCGGAAAGAAAUUCUUGCAUGACAAACUUUUGGGUGCAACUGUUAGAAGAAGCAUGUGCAGCCCUUCCUUACUUACCUGAUUCUUCUUCUGCUACGUCUACUGGCCUGGAAUAUGCUUCAGAACUUGCACAAGCCGAUAAUAAUGUGCUCGCCCCAGCUCCAUUGACGUUUGGAGGACGCGGAGACAUUCGAACCUCUAAAGCAGUAAAGUCAAUCUCAGAAUCUACAGUCGUUUUGAAUUAUGAUGAAGACAACUUCCGAUCAUGCUGUGCUCUCUUUGGGGAAGCCCAACUGAAAUGCUUCCAAAUGCACUAUAGUCCUAAUGCUCCUAGCUCACAAAUGGAAAGUGAGGGAUCUGCGAAUCCGUCAACGAUAGGCAGUGUGUCCGAGGGAUAUGUAUCUGAAAGCCAGGGGCAAGAAAGUGAGAGAUCUGAAAGUGAAGGUUCUGAAGGGGAGGAUUCCGAAGAGACAGAGGGCGCUGAAGAACCACAGGAGCAAAUGGAAAGUGAAGGGGGAGAUCUGGAAGAGUCAGAUGGCGCUGAAGAACCACAGGAGCAAAUGGAAAGUGAAGGACAAGAACCCGAGUCAGAGGAAGAUGUCGAUUCUGGAGAAAUAACUGAUGGAUCGGACAUGAACAUGCCAGGACCGGGAUCAUCUGACGGAGGUGUUCCACUAGGACUAACGGAAGUCGAUGAACAAACAUCCGAUGGAGAGGAGCCCGAGGAACCAGAAGAGCCAGGAGAACAAGGACCACACGAACAGAUGGAGAGCGAGGGAGAAGGAAAUGAAUCUGAAGAAGAGGAGGUUGAGGAACCCCAGGAAGUGAUAGAAAGUGAAGGACAACAGUCUGAAUCAGAAGACCCAGAAUUUGAAGGAGAAGAACCGGAAGAAUCAGAAGGAGAACAAGAACCGCAAGAACAGAUGAAAAGUAUAGGACAAGAACCCGAGUCAGAGGAAGAUGUCGAUUCUGGAGAAGUAACUGACGGAUCGGACAUGAACAUGCCAGGACAGGGAUCGUCUGACAGAGCAGGAGGUGUUCCACUAGGACUAGUGGAAGUCAAAACAUCCAACCAAGAGGGGUCUGAAGUACAAGAAGAAUCGCAGGACCCACAGGAACAAAUGGAAGGUGAAGGUCAAGGAAGUGAAUCGGAGGGAGAAGAACCAGAAGAACCAGAAGAACCAGAA